ACCGCCUUCUAUUUCCGUUGUCGCUCCUUCCCUUUCCUUUCUGCCCAUUUUGUGUCAUUUUUGUGACUCAGUUGCCCCUCCCCCUCCAUGCCAAAAAUACAGUUGCUCUAACGAAGUAACCACCAAGAGCUUUCCCCUUUUAACACAUAUUCAAUUCAUAUUCAAUUCAUACCCAAUUCAUACCCAAUUCAUAUCCAAUUCAUAUCCAAUUCAUCAUAGAGACGAUUAGCUACGAGAGUCUGCAACAGGAAUCUGCAACAAGAAUUGCAAUCAUGGGUGACUCAAAUCCAAAGCCCUCCCUGCUUCCCGAGUCGGGAAAGAAGAGCAUUUUAAUCACCAGCGCCCUGCCAUAUGCCAAUAACGUUCCACAUCUUGGCAAUAUUAUUGGUAGCGUCCUCUCUGCAGAUGUAUUCGCUCGUUUCUGUAGAGCUCGAGGUCUACCAACACUAUAUAUCUGCGGUACCGACGAGUAUGGUACGGCUACCGAAACACAAGCCCUUGCAGAAGGUGUAGAUCCAGCAACCCUUUGUUCCAAGUACAAUGCCAUUCACCGCGAUAUCUACUCCUGGUUCAAGAUCGAUUUUGACAUCUUCGGUCGCACACCAACUCCCCAGCACACUGAGAUUGUCCAGGAGAUGUUCACGCGACUUUGGGAGAACGGUUUUAUUGAGCAGCGAGAGACGGAGCAAGCCUACUGCCCCGCACAUUCUUCCUUUCUGGCUGAUCGCUUCGUCGAGGGCGAAUGCAGCUUGUGCCAUGCAGCAGGUGCCCGUGGAGAUCAGUGCGACGCCUGUGGAAAUCUCUUGGAUCCCCUGGAGCCCAUUGAAGAUGCCAAAGCAGAAUCUGGAGAGGACAGAAAAUCCACUGGUUGGCUGGUGAACCCCCGUUGCAAGCUUGAUGGCGCAACACCCGAAAGACGAAAAACGAAGCACCUCUACCUCCGCUUGGAUGCGUUACAGCCGGAGAUCAAAUCUUGGCUCGACAAUGCUAGUAAUAGCCAUGAGUGGAGCUCUAACGCCAUAGCCAUCACCCAGUCGUGGAUUCAUGACGGACUCAAGCCCCGUAGUAUUACGAGAGACCUCAAAUGGGGUGUACCAGUUCCCACCAACCUUCCCGGACUAUCAGGGGAUGAUUAUGACAAGAAGGUUUUCUAUGUUUGGUUUGAUGCCUGCAUUGGCUAUCCCUCCAUCACAAAAUGCUACACGGAUAGGGAUGACCCAUCUGGCAAAAACUGGGAACGAUGGUGGAAGAACCCAGAUGAUGUAUCGCUUUACCAGUUCAUGGGCAAGGAUAAUGUUCCUUUCCACAGCAUUAUAUUUCCCGGAUCUCAGCUUGGUACAAGAGAAAAGUGGACCCAAGUUACCAAGUUGUCAACCACUGAAUAUCUCAAUUAUGAGGGAGGAAAGUUCAGCAAGUCAAAAAGCGUUGGUGUGUUCGGAAACAGCGCGAAAGAUACUGGUGUGGCGGUCGACGUAUGGCGAUAUUACUUGCUCUCUAGGCGUCCAGAGACCAGCGAUUCCGAGUUCAGUUGGCGGGAAUUCGUUGAUUCCAACAAUAACGAUCUGUUGAAAAAUCUCGGUAACUUCUGCAAUCGUGUUGUCAAAUUCUGUUAUGCGAAAUUGAAUGCUGUGGUGCCCGAUUAUCGGACCUAUAACGAUCCUACUGGUUCUUUUCAGCAACACAAGGAGGAAGUAAACGGGUUACUUCAAACAUACAUUACAAACCUAAAGGGUACCAAAUUACGUGCUGGUCUUUCCACGGUUCUUAGUAUAUCUGCUUUAGGAAAUAAGCUACUGCAAGACAAUAAGCUAAGCAACCAGCUUCUGUCCGAGGAUCCAGAGCGAUGUAGCGCUGUUGUUGGUCUUGCUCUUAAUCACCUACACCUCAUCGCGAACAUUGUGUUCCCUUAUUUGCCAGAAACCGCGAAUGGCAUUCUCGAACAGCUAGGCGUUCAAGGUUCUGGAAAUGAUCGGUUUUCUAUCCCAGAUACUUGGGCGGCUAAUGCCAUCCCGCCUGGCCAGGCACUCGGAGAACCCAAGCUACUUUUCACACUUAUCCCUCCGGAGAAGGCAGACGAAUGGCGUGAGGCUUUUGGGGGCGAAGAGCUUCGAAAACAAAAGGCUAUUGAGCAAGAAAAAGCUGCAGCUAAGAAAGCCUCAAAGGAAAAAGAGAAGGAACGUAAGCGCCUUAAGAAGUUAGGCCUUGCAGGUAGUGCUAAGGGCGAAUCAUCACAAGGAGCUACAGAACAACUGCAGAAGCUUAGCAUUACUGAUAGUGUAGAAAGUCAACCUGCACAAGAAACAUCCAAAUAAGAUGGUAGGUUCGAGGUCCCUGCUAAGUUGUUUUUUCAAGAGUGUGAUGUUGGUAGGGCGCUGGUAUAGAGGUUUCUGCAGAGACGCCUUGGCUUUAGCGUGGUAGUUAGUGUGUAGAUAGCUUCAUUUGAGCAAAGAAUGCGGAUCAAUAAGGAGUAAAAUGGUUCGUGAAUUGAAAUUUAUUACUGCUUUUAAGUCGCUUUAAACUAUGGACAGUAUAUUAUUGACUCUGAUUCGGGAACAUUUGAUGGGAAAAUAUUGCCGCUGUUUUCAUUCAUUACGAGGAGCCUGUUCGGACUGCCGGAUUUCUAUUUUUGAAAUCAGUAGAUAACGCUCAAAAUGAAAGGCAGUUAUGGG